AUGGAACCAUUCACCGCUAGUGCCGGCCUCGGCUCCCGCAGCGAGGACCGCACCGCGGCCGCCUCGAGGCAGAAGAGUUGCAACGCCUGCGUUCGGGGCAAGCGACGCUGCGAUAAGCGUACGCCCCGGUGCACCCGCUGCACGGCCAAAGGGCUCGACUGCGUCUACCAGCGUAUGCCACCGUCGACGGCGACGGCUGCAUCGACAUUGACAUCGGCAUCCACCUCCGUCGCCGAGCCCGCCUGCUCCUCGUCGUCGUCGUCGGCGGCGUCUUCGGUACCCGCCGUCGCCGACCUGCCCGACUUCGACAUCGGCUUCGACAUGGACAUGGACAGCCUCGGGACCGACACGAGCCCCGAGAGCCUCCAGGCCGACGUCAACCUCCUCGGCAGCACCGUCGACCUCGACUUCUCCAUCGUGGACCUCAUCGACGCCUCGCGCGCCGACGCCGACGUCUGGACCACCAUGCAAGGGCUCUCCGACGGCAGUGACAAGCUGGAUCUCCCACCGCUACCGUCGAUGCCGCUGCCCGAACUGCACCAACCACCACCACCACAGCAGCAGCAGCAGCAACAACAACAACAACAGCAACAGGCCCAGCCGAUUCGGGAUCUCUCGCUUCUCAAGACGUGCGAUCAGGCCUGCCUCGACGCCGACCCCUUGCAGGUGCACGACCCGCGCACGCGCGUCGGCUUCAUCGUCCAGUUCCUCACCUCCCUCCCCGCCACCUUUGCCGCCACACGCGCCCUGCCCUUUCUCCACGCCCGCCUCUGGUCCGCCCAGCUGCCCCGGACGAUCCUCGCCGCCUUCUCCGCCGCCACGGCCUACGGCGCCCGUUCCGAGGGCAACCGGGGCUGGACCCUGAAGCUCGUCGCCGACGCCGCCCGCGACAUCCACCGCGAAGGCGAGCGAGCGGCGACGCCGGCCGACAAGCUCGCCCGCGUCCAGGCCCUGACGGUUCUCAACGCCGUACGCUUCUUCGACGGCGACGUCGGCCUGCGCGCCGCCGCCGAACGCGAGAUGCCCGUCCUUCUCGCCUGGGUCCACGAGCUGGCCGCCGCUCUCAAGGAGGUCGAGGCCGACGGGGAACCCAGGGGUCCCAGGCCCGGCCUCAGGGAGGUCCCACCCAAGAGCUGGGAGAGUUGGAUCUUUGUCGAGAGCGCCCGAAGGACGGUCAUGACGGCCUCGGCAUCCAUGUGCCUCGUCUACAUCCUCAAGUCGGAAGAACCCGACGCCGACAUGUGGCGCGAGACGCAUAGCUUUACCGCCUCGCGUCAUCUCUGGGACGCGGCAAGCUCGGUCGAGUUCUACCGCGCCUGGCGCGAGAAGCCCCAAUAUUGGAUCGAGAAUCUCGUAUUCGACGACCUCUGGCUGUACGGCCGCCCGACCGACCUCGACGAGUUUACGCGCCUUAUGUUGACCUCGCAGGUUGGCCUGGAGGCGAUGGAUCAUUUCAUGGAGGGCGACAUUGCCAUCCCCGUGUGA